AUGUUUGUCGCAAGAACGAGGCUACCACUCUCUAAACAGACAGCGGCACAACUCUCCAAAGCUGCAGCCAGUUUCUCAAAUUCCUAUAGCCUGACCUCUACCCACUCUCCUCAAAACUUUUCCUCAACAUCAAGAGCUAGUCUUCGAGACUAUUUCCCCGAGCCGGAACAUGACCACCAGAUUCAGAGGACCGAUUCGGCUUGGCCACAUCCUCCCUACAAUGCCGAACAAAUGAAAACUAACAUUUACUUCGCCCACCGGGAGCCAAGAGACUUUUCAGACCGCGUUGCCCUAUUUAUGGUUCGCAUGCUACGGUGGGGAACUGAUAUUGCAACUGGAUACAAGCAUGAUGUUGAGAAACCAAAGGUAGCGGGCGACAAGAAUCCCGUGUCCGCCACCAAACCCUACGCCAUGAGCGAGCGGAAAUGGCUCAUCCGAAUGGUCUUCCUGGAGUCCGUAGCAGGCGUCCCGGGCAUGGUGGCGGGCAUGCUCCGGCACUUGCAUUCUUUGCGGAGGAUGAAGAGAGACAAUGGCUGGAUCGAGACGCUGCUAGAGGAGGCGUACAACGAACGCAUGCAUCUGCUUACAUUUCUCAAGAUGGCAGAACCGGGCUGGUUCAUGAAGAUCAUGAUCCUCGGCGCCCAGGGCGUAUUCUUCAACUCCAUGUUCCUCUCCUAUCUCGUCUCCCCGCGUACAUGUCAUCGCUUCGUGGGCUACUUGGAAGAAGAAGCCGUUUUGACGUAUACCCUCGCCAUUUCUGACCUCGAGGCUGGAAAGUUGCCCAAAUGGUCCGAUCCCAAGUUUCGUGUUCCUGAUUUGGCAGUCAACUAUUGGCAGAUGCCGGAAGGAAACAGGACUAUGAAGGACUUACUGCUGUACAUACGGGCUGAUGAAGCAAAACACCGAGAGGUCAACCACACCCUAGGGAAUCUGAAGCAGAAAGAAGACCCGAACCCAUUCGUGUCCUCAUAUAAGGAUAGUGAAAAGCCGCAUCCGAGCAAGGGAAUCGAGUAUAUAAAGGCAACAGGAUGGGAGCGGAAGGAUGUUCUCUAA